UCAUGUGUCAAUGUGUGUGUGUGUCAGCUCGAACCAGCGCAGGGAGCGUCCGGCAACCAAGCCAUGACUGGCAGCCACACAGUCACGCAGCAGUUUUGCAUUUAGCAUUUGGACCUUUCCUGCCAGAUCAAUACGUUUGCUGCUGUUGUUGCUUGUGAUCCUGCUUGGAACAGACCAGAAAGAGUAAACAAACCUCAGUCACUGCCUCCUGGAACGUCUGAAACAUGGCACACGUCCAGAGGGUGCAGAAGAAGACCAGCACCAUGUCUCUGACCAUCUCCUCCUCCUCCUCCUCCUCCACCACGGCGUCUUCCUCUCGGGAGCUCUUCUCCUCCUCCCCCGGCUCCUCCUCUUCCUCCGGCCUCCUCGCUCAGAGACACUCCAGCCUGGUGCAGCCGCUGUGUGUCAGCCCUCAGAGGACUCAGAGUCCCAUCUACAACCAGCAGUAUUCAGGGAACGGAGUGGCUCCUGCAUUUGUUAAGUGCCUGCAUGAUGUGUCCACGGUGAAGGGCCAGCUCGUGGUCAUGGAGUGCAGACUGAGGGGAACUCCGCCUCUGCAGGUCAUGUGGUACAGAGAGGACGAAAAAAUACUGGACUCUGACGACUUUAGGAUUCUGCGCAAGAAGGCCAGUUCUGCGUCGGUGCCAGAGGAGCUGUGCACACUGGUGAUCACCGAGGCGUUUCCGGAAGACUCGGGCCUGUUCAAAUGUGUGGCCCUCAACUCCUUCGGCACGGCCUCCUGCUCGGCCAUACUGGAGGUUUACAACGACCUGGAGGAGCAGCUGGAGAUCGAGGCCCUCCGUCAGCAGGAGGCGGUGUUCCAACAGGAGACCCCCCCUCCUGGACAGAGCGGCGGCGACGACGACGACGACUUCCCCCCUCCGCUGCCCGACUCCGUAAACCUGCCCCCUCCCGAGUGGCCGGAGAGCCCUUUCGAAGAUAAUGUCCCCGCCGCAGAGUUUCCAGCGCCCCAGCCGUCCAUCCACUCCUGCGAGAGACCCUUCUGUCGCAGCGAGGACGAGAGCGCCCCGUGCUCAGAGGGCCAAAGGUCACCAGAGGUCGUGGUGCGAGCCUGUACGCCCAGCCCUCCUCCGCCCCCCUCACCCUCACCCUCGCCUCCACCGCCGGCACAAGAGAAGGACAAAGCCACGACACCGAAGCUGUUCACCCCGAGCAAGCUCAGUUUCACUUCUUCCCAGUCAGGAGGCGACAACAUGAACCUCUCGGACCUGCCCACCUUCAAGCCCAGCACCUUCCCCCCCAGUGCCUUCAACUAUGCGCGGCCGAGGCACUUUAUCCAGUCGCAGCCGUCCUUCCAGGCCCCCAGCUACGAGAGCGUGCUGCGGGAGGCCCAGGAGAACCAGAAUAACUCCCAACAGAACCUCGCCAGUUCCCAGAAUAGCCUCGGCGUUAUGGAGACACAGAGUCAGGCAAAGAUCCAGUCGACGCAGAGUCAGUCAUUUUCUCAAGCCCAGUCGGUGUCAAGGUCCUUGUCCCAGACCCAGGCACAGUUUCAGUCUCUGAACCUCAGUCAGAACCAAACCCAAUCCGCCGCCCAGAUCCAGAUCCAGACCCAGGCCAAUGGCACGGGCAAGUCCUCCCCCUCCUCCUCCAGUGUCAGCUCUCCCAUUUCCACCCCGGCCUCCUCUGCUGUGCCUCCUUUGUCCUCCACUGCCCCUCUGCUCAGUCCCCUAGCGACCACCGCCUCCUCCGCCUCGCCUUUCCCAGCCUCCCCCUCCUCGCCUUUCCCAGCCUCCCCCCCCUCCUCCUAUCUCCCCCGCACGACCAUGCGUUCAACCAUCACCCUCACCCCCAGCGUCCCCAGUGCCACCGGCCUCGGCAGCGCCACACUGCCAGCCAACCAGGACAACAUGUCGGCACCGGCCGCCUUCCUCUGCUCCGUGCUGCCCUCCUCCUCCCCUUUCUGCUCCUCCAAACUGUCUCCCAACUCCAACCUCCCUCGCCCCUCCAUCUCACCCUCCCGCUCCCCACUGUCCCCCCCGAGCCCUCUGCUUCCCACGAGGGUCUCCUCGUCACCUUGCCCUCUCCCUCAGCAGCCUCUCCCAAUGUCUCCCUCCAUCCCGCGCUCCCCCAUCUCCCCCUCCUCUUCCUCUCUCCCACAGCCCAACACUCCCAACAGUCAGAACAGAGUCCCGCCUGCUGUGGUCUCCCUGCCUGCUAGCUACAAGGGGACGCCCAACAUCCUCCCCAAGCCUAUUCUGAAGAAAGCUGUCCCUCCUCGGCCUUCUUCUUCCCGUUCCACAGAUGACGACAUCCAGGGCUCCAAAGAUGCCCUCAUCCAGGAUCUGGAGAAGAAGUUGCGCUCAAAGGAGGCCAGGAGGACAAACAGCCAGAAACUGUCCUAUGAGGAGCGUAUGGCUCGUAGGCUGCUGGGUCCAGACAACGCCACCUACAUGUCUGACCAAGACAAUCUGUCAGACUCACAACUCGACCAGCCAGAGUCACCAGAAGGAAGACACACAGGUGGACUAUGGGGGAAGCACCACUCGGGGACCGACGGGAGGGGAAACGAGGGGUCAGCUAUCCAGGAGAAAUGUUAUGCUCCUCGCUUCCUGCAGAUCCCCCCGGACCUCACUGUGGAGGAGGGACGCUUCUGUAGGAUUGACUUCAAGGUCGGUGGCCUCCCCACACCGGACGUCUGCUGGUACCUGGACGGCAAAGCCAUUCGCCCAGACGACUACCAUAAGAUGUUGGUGUGUGAGAAAGCGAUGCACUCGUUCAUCAUAGAGAUUGUUACAGUGCACCAUGCCGGUGUGUAUGAGUGUGUUGCCAGGAACCGAGCCGGGGAGAGCAGAUUUUCCAUGAGGCUCGACGUCAUAGCCCAGGAGGUCCUCCGUCCUCCCACCUUUGUCCAGAAGAUGUUGAACUCCAGAGCUCUAGAGGGCGACACUGUGAGGUUAGAGUGCAAAGUGGAAGCUUCCCCUCCUCCACAGCUCUUCUGGAAGAAAGAUAAAGACAUGCUGCGCAUUGACCCCAGCAGAAUGAGUCUGUACCAGGACGGUUCAGGACGACAGUGCUUGUUGAUGGAGAGGGUGAUGAAGUCUGAUGCCGGUUGGUACACCCUCUCUGCCAUUAAUGAAGCUGGCAUGUCCACAUGCAACGCCAGGCUGGAUGUCGGCACUCGCAAAGCCCAACCCAUGAAGACGGCGCCCCCUGGCUCCAAGACCCUGAAGCUGCUGUCGUCCCUGAGCCACGUGCCCGCUCUGACCGUGGAGAGCCCCGCCCAGCACACCGCCCAGCACACCGCCCAGCACACCGCCCCGCACACCGCCCCGCACACCGCCCCGCUGUACGAGAGCGAAGAGCUGUAGACCGCACUGUGCUCCCGUAGCCGUCGCCUCUGAACUGUCAAACUGGGCCAGAGUCUGUGUGAUGACUCCUGGCGGGAGCAGUUCCAGCGUAUUAAACUAAUCGUAUCGCAGCAGAUGAGCAAAUGUCUCUCAGAGAACUUUGGAGGCCGAUCCACAUCAGAUGAGGCAGAUAAGAUACAGUUGGAUAACUGUGAACAUCUGUAAAUGGCAACAACUGUGAUGCAGUAUCAUAGGGUUGUUCACUAUUAUCAGAAAUGUCCAUCUUUGUCUUGCCAAAAAGCUCAAAACAAAUCUUUCAGAGGUUUAGCAAUAUUCCCGAAUUGGCCUUUUUAGAGAUUGUUUUUUAGAUGCCUCAAGGAAACCGGCCUAACCGUCGGGAACACUUGGCAUCUACUCGGUGAGAAAAGUCUCCAGAGUUUCGAGUGGCCAAGUGUCUUUUAAGUUAAAGUAAUCACUCCCUGUAUUGUCCCAUCUGCUGCUGAUCGUUACCCCCUGUGCCCGCCCUUCUUUCUUUCUUUCUUUCUUUCUUUCUGUGUUUUUUCGUUCUAGUUAAGGCUCAUGUUUGAUACAUGCCUGUAAUCCUCUCUUCAUCCGCCUGCCAUGUCUGCUCUCAGCAAAACAGUCCGGGCCCGGGAUGUAUUCGUAGACGUAGGUACGAUGUGGCGGUAUGUGUGGUGUCGAUCCCAGCGGCCAACCACAACACUGCAACGUAGAAUCGCAUUAGGUCUAGAGACCAUUUUGCCAAUAGCAUCUCCAGCAGCACACACGACAUCUCUUCUCGUGUUGGACUCUCGUGGUGUGUGCAGAGUAAAGCACCUCCGAAGAACUGUGCAUUAUCUUGAAUCGCAGUGUCCAGCUUUGUUCUGUGUUCUCGGUCAAAACUACAAUACCCACAAUCCAAUACUGCCAACAUCAUCGCUGCACUUUAAUCGACAGCUGCUGCUGCCCCCCACGGAGUCUAACCACUACCCGGAAUAGAAAAUCAGACUUUUGUCUUCCACUAAUGUUUACCCCGUUUAAAGAGAGAGAUCAGAUGUUGGUCACUGGUCCCAUUCUCUGCUGUGAUAUACAGGUGUUUUUAAAGUUGGAUUUCUAAUAUACAGUGUAUGUGAAGCUAUUUAUUUGAACUGAACAGUUAUUAUUUAUCAGUGAUAAAGGCUGCAGCCAGGGAUGUACAAUAUCACAGAGUUUGACAAAGAGCGACAGGCUGCCACAGACCGUACCCGGCCUCCGCGACUGAACACCAAACCACAUGUGCAAAUUCAAAACCUGAAUCAUCAAUCCCAUCUGCGCCGCAGAUAUGACAUGUUGUGCACUUCACCCGAGGGGAGACCCGUUUUUCUCCUUGCAUAACUAGUGUUCAGUUGAAAACUGGGUAUCACUUUGUGAGCCUGGGUCCAAUUUUUGCCCAAACUCCAUUUCUGACCAGAGCCUUAUACAAAAAGAUAUUUUGCCCUUGCUUACCUUGGAACUGCUUGUUGCUGCUGCUAGCCAGGAGGGGAUUGCACCCAAAACCAUGUAGUUGGGGCUGGACUUGCAUGUAAAUUUGAAGAUCUGGCAUUUUAACCCUGUGUGGUCACAGCUAAGAGAUUAAACAUACAGUACCUGCUGCCCCUUGUAGAUGGGCUGCAUUCAUACAGUAACAUGUGAAAUUGUCUUUUACUGAGAUAAAAUGCUUUGAGAUACAGUAUUUGUACAGUUCAUGACGAUGUUGGGAUCAAACAGGGUUAAACGUUCGAUUUUUGCUUAAAGCUCCAGCAUAGUUGUGGUAAGUUAGGCCCCUUUUCAGUUGAGAUUUUUAAAUGCGGGUAGUUGCGUGUAACUCUCCUCAAGUAUAUGUUUGUUGUGUACGAAGUUCUGCAUAUCACUGGAUGAAUGAGAAAUAAAGUUUGUGUGACCUUG